AUGCAUGUGGAUCCGAGGAAAGCCGUCGCCAUUGCCGACAAUGCCACGGUCAGGCACAAUGUGGCGUCUGUGCUGCGAGAGGAUGCCUUGGUUAAGCAGAAGCAGGCCAAGGAGUACCAGGCCCUCAAGCGCUAUGAGGAGGACUUGCAUGAUGCCUCGCAGUUCUACACCUGGCAAGAGAAAAUGAAGGAGAAGGAUCACAACGAAGAAGAGAUGCGUGUGCGCCAGCGCAUCGUGGAGAUGCAGCUCUCGCGCGAGGUCGCCAUGGAAGCCUUCGAUUCUGCAGUUCGCAAGAAGCACAUCCUGGCGGAACACCAGCGGGAGGAGUUGCAGGUGGAGUUCGAUAUGCAGGAGCGAAUGCGAGAGCACGAGAUGGGCGAGAAAAAGCAGUUGGUCGAGGAGACUAAGGAGGACCGUGACAGAGCCCGGCUGGCAGAGCAGGAGGCGCUGAAGGAAAGGCUGCAGAAGGCCGACCACAUGCGCAAGGAACGUGAGGUAGACAUGGAGAGGAAGAAAAAGGAGGAGGAACAGGAGAUGGACAGAAAAAAGGAUCUGAUUCGUCAGAUUCGCGCACUCGAGAAGGUGCCAGUCGAAAAGUUUAAGACUUUCGAUCCAGCGGAGCCACCCUGUCAGGGUUUGCUGGAAGAAAUGUCCUUGGCCGAGCUACGGGAAAGACUGAGAAUCGUCGAAGCUCAACGUGAGAAGGAGCUGGACGCAAAGCGCGAAAGGCAACUUGCGAAGAAGCAUGAGAAGCAAGAGGAGCUGACCGAAAAGGCUGAGAUGUUAGCCAGAGUUCGUGAGCGCGCGCGGGACGAGCAGCAGCAGAGGCACGAACAGGUUCGGCAGCAAAAGAUCCUCGAGCAGGAGCAAAAGCAGAGACAUCGAGAAAAGUGCAUUGUAGACGUGGCAGCAAAGCUGCAGUUAAAGAAGCGGCAGAAGAAGGAGGAGGAGCAGCGACUAAAGCUUGAGCUAAAAGAAAUUGCUACAAAGAGGCAAUUUCUGGCUGCUAACGCGGAGAUGGUGGAGGCCAAGGCACAGGCUGAGCAGCAGGCAGGCCUGGAUCGUGAAGCACAGAAGCGGCAGAAGACGAUUCUCAUCGAGCAGCGGAAGCAGCAUCAGAUCAAGAUUUCUGAGGUGCAGCGGCGACGGGACAAUCAAGACAGAGACGUCCAAGAGUACAAAACAAUGCAGCAGACGGUUACUGCGAGGAUGGACCGUGCAAAGGCUGCGGACAUAGCCCUGAAGGAGGAAAUUCGCCAGUCGGUGCAAUCGGCAAGAAAUAUCCAACGAAGCAAAGCUCAGCGGAAUGUCACCGAGUUUGGCCACAGCAGCAAUGCAUACAUGAGCAGGAUUCAAAGUCGCAUGGCUACCUCCUGCUAG